CUCUCCCUCCUCUCGUCGCUUCUCCACCCGUCUUCAUUGCGCCUCCACCUCAAAUUAUCCCAAACCCAACUCUCCUCUCCUCGCCUUUCCUUUCCUUUCUUCAUUCCUUGCCUUCAAUUCGAAAUAGAUGGAGAUAGACUCCGAGAGAGGAGGAGGAGGAGGAGGAGGGAGAUGGAGGAUGUCGUCAAGAUAGCAGGGUUGAUCCGAUUCGCGCCCCAUUAAAAUUGGACCAGAUAGAGCCGACGGUGAUGAGAUCUCCGGUGUUGUUGUGCUGCUCUCCCAUCUUGCGAGGGUAAUAGAGGAUGCCAUCGACCUACUUGCCGAAGCACAAAGGGCUGCAGACCUCGUCCGAACUCCUGCGCAGCCGCGGACGGAGCUUCUUGUUCGGGAACACCUGCUUCGUCCUCUCCGAGCCCUUCUCCGCGCUCGGCUCCGGCUUCCAUCUCCUCUCGAGGCCGUCCUCCAGCGACUGCGACCGUCGUGCCACUCAAUCCGGCAUCGGGACGCUCCUUAGGAGCGUCAAUAACCAGCUUUCGCAGCCGGCGCAGAGGUUUCCGUUUCGGUGGAACAUAAUGUCCGCCAGCAGCGCUUUCUUGCGAGGGUCCGAUUCCUUCGCCAGGCACCUGGCGAAGGAUAACGCCAGAUCUGGGAAUGGUCUGAGCGGUGUGAUGCGGGUCGAUAUUGGUUAUAGCUACAAGGGCCUUGACCACUGCAGGAGAGCGAGUGGAAGCUUGAAAAAUCGGGAACCUUGGGGUACUAAUAUGAUCUACAAGUGUUUCUGGUCUAAUGCAUAUGGGUUGAAUUGGAGAUCGAAAUCCUUGGUGGAUCCGGGGAGUCAAGAUUAUCAGACAUCAUGUACGGCACCUUACUCUGCGGGGGUGGCUCCUGAUGUAUCCUUUGAUGCAGCCAUGCAUGAGGAGCAGCUUCAGACUCCUGAUCUCAACUCUGAACAAAAAAUUCUAGGUGACAAGUUCUUAAAGCUGCUCUCUGGAUCUUGUUAUCUACCACACCCUAAGAAGGAGGAAACUGGAGGAGAGGAUGCUCAUUUUAUUUGUGUUAAUGAGCAAGUCAUUGGUGUGGCAGAUGGUGUUGGUGGUUGGGCUGAUCUUGGUGUUGAUGCAGGACAGUAUGCCAGAGAACUUAUGUCUAAUUCAGUAAACGCGAUUCAAGAAGAGCCAAAAGGCAGUGUCAAUCCUGCAAGGGUUCUUGAUAAAGCCUACUCAAUAACUAAAGCCAGGGGAUCUUCGACAGCAUGCAUCAUUGCACUCACUGACCAGGGCAUUCAUGCAAUCAAUCUAGGAGAUAGUGGCUUCAUAGUUGUGAGAGAUGGGUGCACGAUCAUUAGGUCACCUGUACAACAGCAUGAUUUCAAUUUCACUUAUCAGCUUGAGAGUGGUAAUGGCAGUGAUCUCCCCAGUGCUGCACAGGUGUUUACCUUUCUUGUUGCGUCUGGUGAUGUCAUCAUUGCUGGAACGGAUGGACUGUUUGAUAACUUGUACAAUAAUGAAAUUACGGCUGUUGUCGUCCAUGCCACAAGAGCUGGCCUGGGGCCUCAGGUAACAGCUCAGAAGAUAGCUGCACUUGCACGACAGCGAGCACUAGAUAAAAACCGGCAAACUCCUUUUUCAACUGCUGCCCAAGAUGCUGGAUAUCGAUACUAUGGAGGCAAACUUGAUGACAUUACUGUUGUCGUCUCCCACGUCACUGCAUCUGAUGCUUAAUGGGAACACUCAUCUCACAGAUUUUACAGCUCCUGGUUCUGGAAACUACUAUGGAUAUCUGCAUAAUUUCUCAUUGCUGUAUCAAAGUUUAGAUACGAGAAAAUUGAAUGCUUUAAUCGAUAAUUUUUCUUCCUUUUUA